AUGCCUUCAUGGUGGGACUAUUUGCAAUUUAACCGACAGUAUCACAAUAAGAGAAAUUUAGAGGAAGGUUUAUUUCAAAUUGCGUCACAGACUUGCAAUAUAUUAGUAAAGGUCAACAACACGAACAAUAUUAAUUUGACGAGAAACAAUAGAAGUGACGAGUACGGUUGCGCCGGACCUCCUAAAGGAAAAAGUUCGAUGCAAAUUUGCGUGCCGAAAUUUAGGAAGAAUUCUAUUACUUCUGGCUGUAAUCCAGGAUUAUCAACUGUGCUAGAAUCAGGGAGUGUGGGGAACGCUUCGUCAUCUGAUGAGGAGUUGGAGCAGUGGGAACAGAUAUUCAUGAUGAGAGAUGAAAAUGGAAACAGUUACAAUGAUAAAAGGAAGAAGCGCAGCAUCUGGUGUAGGCCAUCAUGCAUCCCAGUGUCUAUAGUGAUAGUAUUAAUAGUACUAGUAGUACUAGUUCCACUGCUCGACCAGCCGAACCUGGCACAGGUGUCCCCGACCAUUGCUCAUGUUGACUUACAUUGCUCAGAUGAGUGUAGGUUUUCACUAGUAGAAAGUAUACCAGAAGGGCACAUGUACCCCCCAAACGCAACUCACAUGCCAACUAAAAACGCUUGGUUAGAUUUGAUAGAUGAAGCUCAAACGUCCAUAGAAAUAGCCUCUUUCUAUUGGACCCUUAGGUUUAAUGAGGAGUAUCCUUACAAUUCUUCUAUAGAGGGUGAGCAAGUAUUCCAGGCCUUACUUGCGGCGGGAACUAAAAGAAAGAUAGACUUGAAAAUUGCUCAAAACUGGCCCACAAAGUCUAACCCUAAUAUAGAUACUGAAUACUUAGUUAAGAAAAAAGCUGCACAGGUGAGAAGCCUGAAUUUCUCGAAGCUUCUGGGUGGUGGAGUGUUACACACCAAGUUCUGGAUUGUGGAUCGCAAACACUUCUAUAUCGGCAGUGCAAAUAUGGACUGGAGGUCGCUCACACAGGUGAAAGAGUUGGGCGUCUUGGCCUACAACUGUUCCUGUCUGGCGACGGAUCUGGCCAAAAUAUUUGAGGUGUAUUGGAGCCUGGGUACGGCAGACGCAGUGAUACCAGACAGUUGGCCGACGGAGCUCAGCACGGACAUAAAUAUGCAACACCCCAUCAACAUAUCCGAUGGGAACACAACGUACGGAGCUUAUAUCACCAGUUCCCCUCCGCCUCUGAGUCCGGCGGGUCGAACGAACGACGACGAUGCUAUAGUGAACAUCAUUAACUCCGCCGAAGAGUUCGUCUAUAUCGCCGUCAUGGACUACGGGCCGGCGUUGGAGUACGCGCCGAAACUCAAAUUCUGGCCGAAAAUCGACGACGCGAUACGUCGUGCGGCACUCGAAGCGCGCGUCCGCGUCCGUAUGUUGAUCAGCUGGUGGCGCCACUCGCAGCCCGCCGAGGACCACUUCCUCGCCUCGCUGGCGGCGCUCGCGCGCGCCUACCCGCGCGUCGACAUACAGGUGCGCCGCUUCAUCGUACCAUCGACGCCUGAUCAGGACAAGAUCCCGUACGCGCGCGUCAAUCACAACAAGUACAUGGUGACAGAUCGAGCGGCAUACGUCGGUACGUCGAAUUGGUACGGCGAUUACUUCAUAGACACGGCGGGGGUCGCGAUCGUAACCGACGGCGCGCUCUUGGUCUCGCUCCGAGCUCUGUUCGAGCGCGACUGGGCCUCGCCGUACGCCGUGCCGCUGCGGGCCUUAUAGCGGCACACGCGGUUCCUUUUUCAAAUUGUGUGAUAUUCCAAAAAUUGUUUAAUGUGAUUCCAAAUUCAAAUUAUUUAAUGUGAUUCACUAUUCUCUUGCGCGUGAUAGUUUUAAAUUGUAUGAUAAUAUUCCAACGUUGUUCCAAAUUUAAAUCUUUCCCAGCGAUACACCACAUUCUUCUGUGCAUUAUUAUGUGUGUGUUAUAUACACGCUCCUAAUCUCGCGGAUUUUUAAUUUCAACGUUCUAAAUUUAAAUUAUUCUUAACAUUCAUCAGUUUUUGUUGUCUGUUAUUUUCCAAAUUUAAAUUUUGGUUGCCGCACGAACGCAUGUUAAAAGGUGUCAGAUUUCUAUUUUAAUACUAAUCAUGCGUGAGUCUAAUUUAAUUGGUACGAUUUUGUAAUUUCUUUAAAAUUUUCCUUUUUCAGUCUUAUUUGAGAAUUCAUCCAUGAUUCACCAAUCAAUUGUAGUUACAAAUAUCUUAAAUAAUAAUAUGACAAGAUUAAAACUUAUUUAAAAUUAGUCGAUCAUAUAUUCCGACUUGCUUUUGAUUUAGUAUUAACAGUACUAAAAUUAAAUAAAAAUAAAAAAAAACAAUUUCACCACGAUGGUGCU